AUGAGUAGAGAGGUACCUACCGUCGUGGCAGCAACGCGACACAAGCAGCACGCAACAUCAAUGACGUUUACGGAGCUAACACUACAAACCAACGUACCAUCUGAUUGGUUUGCUCGCUUCCGUUCUAGAAACGACCUUAAAAAUGAACCUCGCGGUCGUCCGAAGACUUUGGUCGAGAAUGACGAAUUAAAGGCGAUUGUGGAAGCUAUCGUGGACGCAAUCUACGGCUGA